CAGACCCUCUCAAUCUGACUCUCUAGCGGGCGACUAACCUCCACCGGAGUCGACAGAUUGAGGCCCUAAGAACAAAACCUCCACUACCGGAGUAAAUCCGGUACAGAAUAGUGAGUUGGCUCCUCGACUAAAGUCACCAACUCCCUACCUUCAAUCAAGGAUACUCUAUUAACCUAGGCAGGUAUUCUCAUUCUAGGUUAAAGCAGAAACAACAGGAAUUUGAUCAGGAUUCAAGUCAUUCAAUCAUUAAAACCUCAAUCGAAUAUAAUCAAUCACAGAAUCAGUACUUGGGUUCAUACAAUCAAAGCCUAACAUACAAAUCUAGGGUUCUCCAUACCCAGAUGAAUGGGAGAACUACUCCAUAGAGAAGAAAGCAAAAGCAGAAUCAGACACGGAAUUCAUACUGCAAAGGAUGGAUUCCUGCUUCUGGACGUUGAUUGGCACUCCUCCAAGCUCAAGCUGGCCUCCAAUGGUGUUGAAGAUCAAUCUAGGGCACUUGGAGACUCUUGUUCGUCACUUUCUCUCUCUAGGAACUGAUCUCUCUCUCAAAAACUCGAAUCCCCCCGACUUUGGUUCGGAAUUUGGCUUAAAACCAGGAAAUCCUGACUCGCACGGCCAGGGUGCACGGCCGUGCAUAUCACCAUUCUGGCCGUGCAACUCAAAACGCAGCGUGUCAUUUAGUCGAACUUCAGCCCUCUCGCACGGCCAGGGUGCACGGCCGUGCGAGCUUCAGGGGUUGCCCAUGCGUGUCCUCGGCAUAAGGCGCACGGCCAUAUUGCUCACGUGCACGGCCGUGCAGCCUCCCUGGUCUGCUCGUGCAGCUUGCUCAGCCUCUGUUUAAUGCUUCGUUUCUCCCUCGUCCGGACUCCGAAUCAAUCGCCGUUUGAUCCCAGACGCUCGUAGUCUCGUCCUCUUUCGUUUCAUAACAAGCUUGCAUGAUUCUUUGUCCAUAAAGUGAGGUAGAAAUCCAUUCUUCUUCAGGUCAUGCCCGAGUUUCUUCUCUCGAAUCGUCAAUUGAUCUCUGAUUGACUUGAAACUUGCGCCUAUGCUUCACUUUAUGUGCUAGGACCUGAAAUGGGACAAAGGAACACAACCUAGCAUAAAAUAGGCCAAAGACGCAAUAAUUCAAGCUCAAACAAUCAAGAAACAAAGGGGAAAACAUGUGCAAAUACCGAGUCAUCACGUGUUCAAGCAUUACACGGCCGUGUCCAAAGCGAAGCACGGCCGUGUUUCUCCCCACUGCUGCUAGUGUAAUUAACACUAGCCAAAGCACGGGCGGGCUGAGGCAUUACACGGCCGUGCCCUCGACCGUGCUUUGGCUGAUGCCUUUUUAAGCAGAUUUUCAGCCAAACAGAAGGGGAUUCGAGUUUUUGAGAGAAAGAACGACUUCUAGAGAGAGAAAGUGACGAGCAAGAGUUCCCAAGUGCCCUAGAUUGAUCUUCAACACCAUUGGAGGCCAGCUUGAGCUUGGAGAAGUGCCAAUCAACGUCCAGAAGCAGGAAUCCAUCCUUCGUAGUAUGAAUUCCGUGUCUGAUUCUGCUUUUGCUUUCUUCUCUAUGGAGUAGUUCUCCCAUUCAUCUGGGUAUGGAAAACCCUAGAUUUGUAUGUUAGGCUUUGAUUGUAUGAACCCAAGUACUGAUUCUAUGAUUUGAUUAUAUUCGAUCGAGGUUUGAAUGAUUGAAUGACUUGAAUCCUGAUCAAAUUCCUGUUGUUUCUGCUUUAACCUAGAAUGAGAAUAUCUGCCUAGGUUAAUAGAGUAUCAUUGAUUGAAGGUAGGGAGUUGGUGACUUUAGUCGAGGAGCCAACUCACUAUUCUGUACCGGAUUUACUCCGGUAGUGGAGGUUUUGCUCUUAGGGCCUCAAUCUGUCGACUCCGGUGGAGGUUAGUCGCCCGCUAGAGAGUCAGAUUGAGAGGGUCUGAAGACCUUUAGUCGAGACUUCAGGCUGUUUAAGAACCUUCCGCAGUAUAAUCUUCAUAGAAACUGAACUUGGUAAUUACAAUCUGGCUUAACUGCAGUCUAGGGGGAACCAUAUCCGGGUGACCUCUUUAACCUGAAUACAACCAGUUUACUUGC